CCCCUCCCGCCGCGGCCCCGGCCCCGGCCCGCGUCCCCCGGGGCGUCCCCCCAGCACCCCCGGUGCCCCCGCCCGUGCUGCCCGGGCCCCCGCCGCCAUGAGGCGCGGCGAGCGGCGGGCGCACGGCGGCAACGUGGGCAAGGCCGCGCUGGAGGAGCAGCAGCCGCCGCCCCCCGCGCAGCCCAACGGCGGCGCCCCCGGGGCCGAGCGGGACGGUGCCGGACUCCGCCGCAGCACCGAGUCCGAGGUGUACGACGACGGCACCAACACGUUCUUCUGGAGAGCUCAUACCCUGACAGUCCUGUUCAUCCUCACGUGUGCGUUGGGCUACGUUACCCUGCUGGAAGAGACUCCCCAGGACACAGCCUACAACACAAAGAGAGGAAUCGUCGCCAGUAUUUUGGUUUUCUUGUGUUUUGGGGUGACACAAGCUAAAGAUGGACCAUUCUCAAGACCUCACCCAGCUUACUGGAGGUUUUGGCUGUGUGUCAGUGUGGUCUAUGAGCUCUUCCUCAUCUUCAUCCUCUUCCAGACGGUGCAGGACGGGCGGCAGUUCAUGAAGUACAUUGACCCUCACCUGGGGGUUCCUCUGCCUGAGAGGGACUACGGGGGCAACUGCCUCAUCUAUGACCCUGGCAAUGCAACUGACCCCUUCCACAACAUCUGGGACAAGCUGGAUGGAUUUGUUCCUGCUCACUUUUUUGGGUGGUACCUGAAGACUCUGAUGAUUCGGGACUGGUGGAUGUGCAUGAUCAUCAGUGUCAUGUUUGAGUUCCUGGAGUACAGCCUGGAGCACCAGCUCCCAAACUUCAGUGAAUGCUGGUGGGAUCACUGGAUAAUGGAUGUGAUCUUAUGUAACGGGUUAGGAAUUUACUGUGGGAUGAAGACCCUGUCCUGGCUUUCCUUGAAAACCUACAAGUGGCAAGGGCUCUGGAACAUUCCAACCUACAAGGGCAAGAUGAAGAGGAUUGUGUUCCAGUUCACCCCCUACAGCUGGGUGAAGUUCGAGUGGAAGCCGGCCUCCAGCCUGCGCAGGUGGCUCGCUGUCUGCGGCAUCAUCUUCGUGUUUUUAUUGGCAGAGCUGAACACGUUUUACCUGAAGUUUGUGCUGUGGAUGCCCCCUGAACACUACCUGGUGCUGCUACGCCUGGUGUUUUUUGUCAACGUGGGAGGAGUGGCCAUGAGGGAGAUCUACGACUUCAUGGACGACCCGAAGUUCCACAAGAAGCUGGGCCAGCAGGCCUGGCUGGUUGCUGCUAUUACUGCCACAGAGUUCCUGAUCGUGGUCAAGUAUGACCCCUACACGCUCACCCUCUCCCUGCCCUUCUACAUCACCCAGUGCUGGAUCCUGGGGAUUAUCCUGGUGCUCACCUGGACAGCCUGGCGCUUCUUCAUCCGGGACAUCACCCUGCGCUACAAGGAGAUCCGGCGGCAGAAGCAGGAGCACAGGCAGGAGCACAGGCACGACAAGGACAAAUGCCUGAGCAACGGGGACGGACACUCAGCCCUGCUGGAGGAGCCCGACGGGAGCAAGCUGCGGGAGAGGAAGCUCUGAGCACGGACACGGGGCUGACAGGAACUCGUGGUGCCCUGGUGCACAGCCCCAACCUUAUCCUACCUAACUCCUCAUUGUCCUUGUUAGCGUUCCAGCGUGUGGGAAUCCUCACGGGGAGGAUGGCCCUGGCACAGCCCCCUCUCUCCUCGUGUCACCAGGGCAGGGCCAGAGGAGGUGUGUGUGUGGGGGAGGUCAGUGCUGAGCCUGCACACGGGGCAGGGCCUCCCCCCGGUGCUGUGUGCCUGCCUGGGAUCCAGCUGUGCAGAUGGGGCUGGGAGCACGGCACACAGGGAUCUGCUGCUCCAUUCCCAGGGAACCCAGAGCUCCGUGGGGCCUUUGGGCAUUAGCAACACUUGUUUUGGAGUGUACAGAGACCAGGCACGGGAAAUGAAUUCUGUUCUUCCUGCUGGAACUCCCUGGAGCUGCGGAGGAGGAGUGGGUGACCACGGGUACACGGGGACGUGUGGCCAAGCUGCGUUCCUUGCACAGGAUGUGCCACACUGCGCUGCUGCUCCAGCCCCUCCACGGGGCAUCCCUCUGACUCCCAACGCCCUGGAGCAGCCUGCAGCCCGUGGGUGGUGUGUCCCAGCUCUGGGGAGACUGACAACUUCUCCUUAGCUCUUAUUUUUAAUUUCUCUUUUAGUCUCGGUCAUCUCUUAAAUGUAAGGGAAGGUGAAGUGAGAAAGGCCAACCUGCCUUUGCUCUGCGGAGUAAAAUGUGUCACAAGCAGAAA